GCUUGCUCUCAGGCGUUAGACGGCUUCUUCCUGGCCAUCACGACCGACGGGAACAUCAUCUACGCCUCGGAGAGCGUCACGUCGCUGCUGGAGCACCUCCCUUGUGAUCUUGUGGAUCAGAACCUGUUGAACUUCCUGCCCAGCAGGGAACACUCCGACGUCUACAAGCUGCUGUCCUCGCACGUCGCCGAAGGGGAGAUGCUGACGCCCGAAUAUCUGAAGACCAAGAACCAGCUGGAGUUCUGCUGCCACAUGCUCCGAGGGACAAUGGACCCAAAGGAGCCGCCUGUGUACGAAUACGUCAAGUUCAUUGGAAAUUUCAAGUCCCUCAACAACG